UCCUCUUCACUUCUGCACACUAUAAAUACAAACCUUUGUCAUCAAUCCGCUCAUCGCCUUCACUCCCACUAUAAUCACAAUUCAAACUUCACUUACUUUUACAUAUUAUUGUUCUCUUCAAUCAAAGCUUUUAUGGCUUCAAUGUUGCAAUUGGUUCUUCUUUUUGGUUCUUUGAUGGUUGCUUUUGCCGGUAGCUUGAACGAAAAUUUUGAUAUCACUUGGGGAGAUGGCCGUGGCAAGCUGCUUAACAAUGGGGAGCUUCUUACUCUGUCUCUUGAUAAAGCCUCUGGCUCUGGCUUCCAGUCCAAGAACGAGUAUCUAUUUGGCAAGAUUGAUAUGCAGCUUAAGCUUGUCCCUGGAAACUCUGCUGGCACUGUCACUGCUUACUAUUUAUCCUCGAAAGGGUCUACAUGGGAUGAGAUAGACUUCGAAUUCCUGGGAAAUUUAAGUGGUGAUCCUUACAUUCUUCACACUAAUGUAUUCAGCCAAGGAAAAGGUAACAGAGAACAACAGUUCUAUCUCUGGUUUGACCCAACUGCUGAUUUCCACACCUAUUCCAUUCUAUGGAAUCCUGAGCGCAUUAUCUUCUCCGUGGAUGGCACUCCCAUAAGAGAAUUCAAGAACUCAGAAUCAAUUGGUGUUCCAUUCCCAAAGAAUCAGCCAAUGAGAAUAUACUCUUCACUCUGGAAUGCUGAUGACUGGGCUACCAGAGGUGGACUUGUGAAGACAGAUUGGAGUCAAGCUCCUUUCACUGCUUCCUACAGAAACUUCAAUGCUGAUGCUUGUGUUUGGUCUAAUGGUGCAUCUUCCUGCAAUUCAAACUCACCUUCUUCUUCCUCCAGCGCCUGGCUCUCUCAAGAGCUUGACACAACAAGUCAAGAGAGAUUGAAAUGGGUUCAAAAGAAUUACAUGAUAUACAAUUAUUGCAGUGACACCAAGAGAUUUCCCCAGGGCCUUCCUGCAGAAUGCAGCUCCACCUCCUAGACUAAAGUUAAAAUUUUGGGAAACCGAAACAUCUAUUAAUAUGAAUUCUUUCAUUGUAAAUUAUGGUUUGCAGUUGUUAAUUAUUUAUUGGUAGAUUCAGGUUCUUUCAUUCUUUGCAAUCCUAGUCAUCACUAAGGUUGGUAACUUUUUCUUGUAACUAUAAUUACAAUAAUAAUCAUCUACAUUUCU